UUGAUAAAGGAAGAGGAUGUACAGACGGCGCAGGACUUCCUGACCAAGUCCGAUGGCUACUUCGCAGAGGACGAUGUGCUGCAAGGUUCGGAGAAGCUCUGGGGCGCGGCGGCGCACGCUGUGAUGGCGGUUGCGCAGCAGCGCGGUUGGAAGUAUGGAAACCACUACACUUUAAGAGAGACGGCUCUUCGACUUGCAGAUGAGAUGGAAGACGAGCGCAUAAGCCUUGGACUUGGAGUUGCGGAAAAGUUCCAUGCGAACUUCUAUCACAACUUUAUGGAGGACAGUGAGCUGGAUAUGAAUCGUCCUCUGGUGCAGCAUUUUGUGGAGCGAAUGCUCGCGCUUGUGGAAGAUGAAACAGGGUAG